CUCUGUAUGAAAGCUGCUUUGAAGUGACUCCAUCCUCCAAGGCUCCAUGGCAAGGCUGCCUUGAAGUGAUGGAAAACUCCAAGGCUCUGUAUGAAAGCUGCCUUGAAGUGAUGGAGAACUCCAAGGCUCCAAGUAGUAUAAGCUUGUGGCUAACCCUGACCAUUCAGCUAAGACACUGGGAAAUGCGGGCAAGCAAUCGAUUUUGGAUCAGAUUAUGCUGAGGAUUUCAACAAGCUAAGUUAUUUGUUGCUAGGGUGAAGAAUGAUUUGCUUGUUUUAAUCCUUGUGGCUGCAUAUAUGUGAUUUGCUUGUUUACAAGCCUCAAGCCGCAAUCUAUAGGUCCUGUAUAGGAAUUCUAACUAUUGUUUCAUUCAUCGGAUUAUAGGAAGCCAUCGAUUUGUCUGCUUUCCUCAUGUUGCUUCAAUAAAUCAUUACUGUUCUACAUUCCCAGUAUAGGAUAUGCAGUUCCAUACUCAUUUUCUCAUCUACCUUGGUUCAAUUUGUGCCAGUGUUAUACUCAGUUCCAGCAGCUUGAUUCACCGGCAGAACCCUUUUUCAUAACUUAAUGUUCUGCUUUUGGGUUUUUUCCUUAAUGUUAAGAAAAGUCAUGUGAAUUUGUGAGCACGUUUAACAUUCCAGAGAAAAAUAUUACUAUACCAAAAAGUUAGUGGAAAUGAUCUCAAUUCAGAGAUACAAAAUUGUAGAAUGGUUCAACAUGAGUUUACUUUGACUAAGGAAUCUUGUUUUUCUUUUAUCUACCUGUAGUCUGAACAAAACAUAAACAAAUCUAGUAUUCUAGUAUUCAAAUGGGAAGUGCUGGUAAGAGUGUUAUUUUUUAAGAGAUGAAGCCUAAUGGAGGAGAAGACCAGACAGCCACUAUGGAAACGAAGGCGAAUGAGUGUGUGGAGGUGAGUCUGGACGAGUCACAGGCCGUGUUACGAAUUGUCAUUCCUUCUCACAGACCUGGCGAAGCGAGCUUCUAUGAGAAUUUUGCUCUUAGAGGAAUCCGAGUUGACCGAGUCGAACCUGGACUUGUUGUCUGCACUUUCAAGGUCCCUCCCCGUCUCACGGAUAGAGCUGGAAAUUUUGCCAAUGGAGCAAUUGCAAACCUUGUUGAUGUAGUUGGAUCUUUUGUAACUUAUACUGGUGGUCUCUUGAGGAAUGUGUCGGCUGAUAUAUCCAUCUCUUACAUGUCAACGGCAAAGCUUGAUGAUGAGGUAGAGAUCACCUCAAAAAGAUUAGGACAAAAAGGGGGUUACACUGGAAUAUCAGUGCUCCUAAGAAACAAAGCGACCGGGGACAUAAUUGCUGAAGGUCGACAUUCCAUGUUUCGUUUACACGCUGCUCCCAAACUUUGAGACCUUGUCACAUAAAUGAAAGAGCACAGGUUGGUACUCCAAGUCAACAGAGCAUAUAAAUAAUAUCAUAUAUAUUACUCCGGUUCAGAUCUCCAACAAUAACCAACUAUGUGCAGCUUUACCGAUAUCUGUAGUUAGGGACAUUGUAGAUUACUAUCAAAGCAGCACUUUGUAUGAAAGCUUCCUUGAAGUAUAAUAUAUAGCUAGA